ACGGCUCCGGGCCGCAGAGAAUCCGGGUCACCAACCUCCACCUUCCUUCCCACUUCCAAUGCAGAAAUGCAGACGUUUGCUGGGCACGUGUUCCCUCUCCUCGACACGCCUCCCCCUCCUCCUCGCACUCCCCUCAUCUGACCAAAGCUCCUCCGAAUCAUUUCCCCUCUCUGGCUCUCUGUCUAUCUGCUACCGCUUCUUCGUGAUCUCUAGCCCUGUCAACGAAUUGUCCCUCCACCCCGCGAUCGCACGCAAGCUCGCCCCUUUGAUCCCCGCAUAGUUCUUGCGCACACACAGAAGGGUUUACAUAAUCAGGAGGGAGAUGGAUGUGCAAUACCACGAGGAGUACGUGAGGAAUCCAAGGGGGGUGCAGCUCUUCACAUGCGGCUGGCUGCCCGCUUCUUCCUCGCCCAAGGCGCUCGUCUUCCUUUGCCAUGUAGCUACGAGUAAUUCCGGUGGCUUCAUCGAUCAUUACUACAUUGAGUCUCUCCUUUUUUUUCUCUCUUCUUGUAUGUAUGCGUGUUCAUUUGCUUCAGGGUAUGGCAUGGAAUGCAGCGUCUUCAUGAGAGCGUGCGGGUUCAAGCUGGCCGCGGCGGCGUACGGCGUGUUCGGCAUCGACUACGAGGGCCAUGGCAAGUCCAUGGGCGCCAGAUGCUACAUUCAGAAGUUCGACCACCUCGUCGCCGACUGUGACCGCUUCUUCAAGUCCAUCUGCGACAUGGAGGAGUACCGGAGCAAGAGGCGGUUCCUGUACGGCGAGUCCAUGGGCGGCGCCGUGGCUCUGCUGCUGCACAGGAAGGACACGGCCUUCUGGGACGGCGCCGUCCUCGUGGCGCCCAUGUGCAAGAUAUCGGAGAAGGUGAAGCCGCAUCCGGUGGUGGUGACCCUCCUGACGCAGGUGGAGGAGCUCAUCCCGACCUGGAAGAUCGUCCCAACCAAGGACGUCAUCGACUCCGCCUUCAAGGACCCCGUCAAGCGCGAAAAGAUCAGGAGGAACAAGCUCAUCUACCAGGACAAGCCGCGGCUCAAGACGGCGCUGGAGCUGCUGAGGACCAGCAUGGACGUCGAGGACAGCCUGUCCGAGGUCAGGAUGCCCUUCUUCAUCCUGCACGGCGAGGCGGACACCGUGACCGACCCGGAGGUCAGCCGCGCGCUGUACGACCGGGCCGCCAGCGCCGACAAGACCAUCAAGCUCUACCCGGGGAUGUGGCACGGCCUCACCGCCGGCGAGCCCGACGACAAUGUGGAGCUGGUCUUUGCCGACAUCGUCGCUUGGCUCGACAAGCGCAGCCAUCACCGCAAGCCUGAACGCGGCGGCCGGGUAACAAGCGCCCCGUCGGAACCUGCAAGGUACCAACGGCGGCCUGUUUCCGGCAGCACCGGCAUGGACAGCCCGGUGUCGAUGCCUCGGCGGCGAGGCGGCUUCCUCUGCGGGCAAUGUAGAAUGUAAACAUGGAACUGUUUGCAAGGAAAAAGAAGCAGCAGAUGAUGAAAGCAUGUAAAUAGUGCGCUGCACGAAUGCUCAGUAAACUGAAUAAAGUUUUGCUCCACUCUAAAGUUCUCUUGUGUUCUAGAGAGAGAUUGGCUUCCUGAAGCAGCUGGGAGGAUGCACAUUUCUGAAACAACAUGUAAUUUAUACCAUAUAAUACUAUCAUCUCAAUCAACAAAGAAUUAGAAGAUCCA